CUGCCCCUGACGUCUCACACUUUUCAACCUGGGUGAAAUGCUGCACCAGCUUGGUCGUCGAGCGUACUCGUCGCGCGUCGCGAGCUACCCCAGCUACGUCAAAAUCGUAGAAGUCGGACCUCGCGAUGGCCUGCAGAACGAGAAAACGUUGGUCUCCACAGCCGACAAAGUGGCGCUUAUCAACUUGCUGUCCGAGGCUGGACUACCUGUCGUAGAGGCCACGUCUUUCGUCUCACCCAAGUGGGUGCCUCAAAUGGGCGACAACGCCGACGUAAUGAAGCAGAUCAAGCGCAAGGAAGGCGUGUUUUACCCCGUGUUGACUCCCAACCUCACGGGAUUCGACGCUGCCAUUAAGGUCAACGCGCACGAAGUUGCCAUCUUUGGCGCCGCGUCCGAGUCGUUCUCGCGCAAGAACAUCAACUGUUCGAUUCAAGAAAGCCUCGAGCGAUUCCACCCUGUGUGUGAAAAGGCGCACUCGUUGGGCGUUCGAGUCCGAGGGUACGUGUCGUGCGUCCUCGGGUGUCCUUACGAAGGCGCCAUCGACCCCGCCGUCGUGGCCAACGUUGCCAAGACGCUGCUAGACAUGGGCUGCUAUGAGAUCUCCCUUGGAGAUACCAUUGGCAUCGGAACCCCAGGGUCUACAUUGAAAAUGCUGCAAGCAACCAAGGACGUGGUGCCCGUGGAGAAGCUGGCGGUGCACUUUCACGAUACAUAUGGCCAAGCGCUGGCAAACAUUCUCGUGGCGCUUCAAGAAGGCGUGAGUGUGGUCGACAGCGCCGUCGCCGGCUUGGGCGGAUGUCCUUAUGCCAAGGGAGCGUCGGGCAACGUGGCGACGGAGGAUGUCGUGUACAUGCUGCACGGUCUUGGCAUCCGGACGGGGGUAGACUUGACCAAGGUCGUUGCUGCCGGGGACUUUAUCUCGUCGGUGCUGGGCAAGGCCACCAACUCGCGCGUGGCGCGUGCAUUGCAAAAGCCCUCCAAGCUUUGAAGGUGGCUCCCACUGACAGGAGGAGCGACCGUGUUGCUGUGGCUGCUGCUGUCAGUGGUCGUUCGCGUAAGCACAUAACAAGAGUGAAAUGUCGUUUUGUAUGGGA